AUAUUCUACUGUAUUUAGACAUAUAUAUCACUCUCUUAUUCUAAACACAAGCUGCACUAGUUUAUUAUUUUGAAGUUCUUUCUUUUUGUAUUACUGAAAGUUAAUUUUGCAUAAAUAUGGUAAUUGGAGGGUAGUUUUGAAUUUUUUUUCAUUUAUCUCCACAAGUUGCACAAUUUUAUUUAUAGAAUAUGAUCCUCUUCCUCUCUGUCAGAAAUUGCCGAUGUUAUAUAAGAUCCCUCUUUCUGCUGCAAAUCUAAGCAAGUCCAACCGUGAAAAAGUUUUACAAGAGACUUCACUCCUCCUUCAGUGGCUCUUCCAUUUUUAAUAAAAAAGGUUUAGUGUCGAGGAUGGAUCCAGGACAUUGCAUUUACAAAGUAUCAAAGUCAAUUCGGAAUGUGAAACCCCAAGCCUAUAGACCUCAGGUGGUCCUCAUCGGUCUGCAUAAUCGUUCUAUAAAACAGACUGCUAACGACGGUGCUGGAACGAGUAGUGAUCAAGGGCAAACCAACAAAACAAAACAAAAGUAUGUGAACAUGGAGAAACAAAAGAAGACAUACUUAAAAUCUUUCACAGAAAAAGUGGGGCCAAAGUCUAUUCAGGAUAUGAAGGAAAUCAUAAUAGCAGAAGAAAAAAAUAUUCGGGGAAGCUAUGAGAUAUCGACCGAGUGGGUACCACCUGAAUCCUUCGUGGACCAUAUCCUAGAGGAUUCAGUUUUCAUCAUGGAAUUCAUUAUCACGCAUGGUGAAAACUCACAUGACACUAAGCACACUGCAGAUGUGAAACAAGAUCUCAUGUUGCUUGAGAAUCAACUUCCGUUUUUCAUUUUCCAGAAACUGUUCGGUUCACAUAUGGAGAAAUUGGGUAUAAUGGGGACGGUUGAACAAUUCAUCCUGAACUUCUUUUCCCUGAAGAUAAAAAAGAAAACAAACUUCAGGCAUUUCACAGACAUGUUCCGGUGUGUUUAUGAGGAAUCUCUUGAGGAAACUCCAAAUCUGAACGACUUGACUGGUGAAGCUAUUGGGGAGAUGGCGAACGCGGAUAACCUGUCCCGUGCAGGAGUGAAAUUCAAGACACCCAGUCAAUGGAAAUCGUCAGAACGAGACAGAUCUCACAGCGGUAAUUUACAGCCGAUGACAUCGAUCUCCAGCGGAAAGGAGACGGAUGAUUAUUCGCUGCAUGUGUCAUUUAAAGAAGGUUGCUUAGUAAUGUCGAGUUUCCGUGCGGACGAAGCUUCUGAAACCAUUCUAAGAAAUGUCAUUGCAUUUGAACAGUCCCAUGGUGCUGUAAACCCCUUUACAUCUAACUACAUAAAUUUCAUAAACUUAUUAAUUACUAACGAAAGAGACGUUGAGGUACUCACGGCAGAAGGGGUACUAAGAAACCGUAUGGGUAGUCCAAACUUGGUGGUGCAGAUGAUAAACGAUUUAAACCGUGGCCUGAAGGAACCGACAAGUUCGCAAUACCGCAGCAUAGCCAUGAAUCUCAAAGCUCACUAUAAAUCUCGGAGAAAUAGGUAUUGGGCCACUCUCAGCAAAGUGUACUUCCCCGACUUGUUGACCGGAACAGCUACAUGUGCAGCCGUGUUUCUCUUGUUUUUGACUCUGAUUGGGACGGUGGCUUCUGUAAUCCAAGCUUACAAAAGCUUCGAGUCAGUGCCACCGACCAUAAUAUAUAUGACAUCUAAAGCUGACCAAAGAAAGGAUGCCCCUUAAACUGGAGGAGAUGAGGUUCGGAAUCUUCAUCCACAAGACACAUGAACUCUUUCAAGCCACUAUAUAUUAAUUUAAAUUGAUGUCCUUAAAUUUUCUUUAAAGAAAAUAAAUAAAUAUGGCGCCUUGCUUCGAGUAACUUCUCUAUCUUCUGCUUGUUUCCGAGUCUUCCUUUUUUAAGUAUUCAUGUAUUUUGGUGGUUGGUUGUUUAUUUUUGUAGAAGACAAUUGUGUUUUAAAUCUAUGCAGUUUCUACGUUA